UCUACUCAAAAUAAGGAAGACACCGUAAGAGCUUUGGAUAGAGGGCCACUGUACACCUUUUUGUAUGGUUUUGGUUGGGAGUGUAUUUGUUUAUUUUAUUAUUUUAUUCAGAUCCACAGGCGACAGGCCUACUCUUUAGGCAUAUCAUUUCCACUGAAGUAACUGUAUCCAGCCCACCAAGUCACUUUGUGACAUGGAACCUUUACCUUUUCUUGACCAGUUUCAGGAAUUCCACCAUAUCCAUGGAACUAACGUGCAGCUAGAUCCUACAGGGACCCAGGCUACCCGAGUGGAGAGCUUUGCCAACGGGGUGUGCUUCAGCAGAGAGCCCCUGAGUCCUGGGGAGAUCUUCCUGGUGGAGAUCGAGGAGAAGGAGCUGGGCUGGUGUGGCCACCUGCGGAUCGGGCUGACCGCCAGAGACCCUCUGACCUUCGAAACGGUGCCUGAGUACUCCCUGCCGGACCUCAUGGACCUGGGGGACAGCUGGGUGUUUGCUAUCACACGAAACCACAACCGGGUAGUGGAGGAGGAGGCUGUGGCACCUGAGGGAGAGGGGGCAGGAGAUGGAGGGUUGGCCGGGGCGAUUAAUCCCAAACCCAAGACGUUCUUCACAGACUCCCACCUGCACAUUGAGAAAGUUAAAAUCCCCAUGGACAAGCUGGUUGGUCGGAGUCGACCCGGACGCUUCAGCCACAUCUUGGAUGACCUGUACAAGACCAAUGCCCUCCCCCCCACUGCCAGACGUAGUCGGAUAGGGGUGCUGUAUGUGCCCAAAGGACAGGGCCUGGCUGACAUGCAUGUUGUCAUUAACGGAGAGGAUAUGGGUGCAUCAGCUAAGGGCAUCCCAAUGCUGCAGCCUUUGUAUGCUGUGGUUGACGUGUACUCUGCUACAAAGCAAGUUCGCAUUGUCCAGGUGGAAUAUGGAUUUUCCUCCCUGCAGACUCUGUGUAGAAAGUGCAUCCAGAAAAACAUAGUCCACAGGAUGGCUCUGGACUGGCUGGAACUGCCUGAGAGACUCAAACACUACUGCAAGUAUGAGUGACAGACAGCGCACUUUGGACUGAGCACCUCCUGAAGAAGCUUCUCACGAGAGCCGAACUUAAGAUCCAAGUGGUUAAUGCAUUUCAGAAAAGAUAAAUGUACUUCAUGUGUUUAUAUUUUUGAGGUCUUCUUUACAAUGAAUCCCUGGUCUCUUACCAGUUAUGUUUUUAAUUAC